CUCCUCCUUGUGAACUUCUCUUCCUACGCGGCACGCUCGCAGCCUGCACGGACACGGCGCUGCUGUCAACCAUGAAGCUAACGGGAGGCUUCGUGCAGGUGGCUGUUGCCCUGUGCUGCUUCUUAGAUACUGUCUUUGGAGUUGAGGUUGACUGCAGCCAGUACCCCAAGGGCACCACCAAGGACGGCAUCCCCUGGGUAGCCUGCCCGAGGAACUACGAGCCCGUGUGCGGCACGGACGACAUCACGUACAGCAACGAAUGCGGUAUCUGCCUUCACAACAGGGAACACAGGGCCCAUGUUGGUAAACAGCACGAGGGAGAAUGUAAGCAGAGAACUGUUCAGGUUGACUGCAGUAGCUACCAUAAAAUCACAAAAGAUGAUGGAGUCCUUGUAGCCUGUCCAAGGAUAGUGAAACCAGUCUGUGGCUCUGACAGCUCCACUUACAGCAAUGAAUGCGAGAUCUGUGCCUAUAAUGUAGAACAUCACGCCAACAUUACUAAAAAGCAUGAUGGAGUUUGCAAGCAUGAGACUUCCGAGGUUGAUUGCAGCCAGUAUCCAACGAAAGUCACUGAAGAUGGUGAAACAUUAGUAUCCUGUCCAAAGAUCUUGGAUCCAGUUUGUGGCACAGAUGGUUUUACAUAUGAAAAUGAGUGUGGAUUAUGUGCCCAUAAUGGAAAACACAGGGCCCAUGUUGGUAAAAAGCACGAUGGAAAAUGCAAACAGACUGUUCCUUCUCCUGAACUUGACUGCAGUCAAUAUCCAUCAAGAGCAACUAAGGAUGGUAGAGCCCGGAUAGCCUGUCCGAAGAUUCUCGACCCAGUCUGUGGCUCAGAUGGGUUUUCUUAUGACAAUGAGUGUGGCAUCUGUGCCCAUAACUUAGACCAUGGAACCGAUGUUAGGAAGAGUCAUGAUGGAAGAUGUAAGACUAAAGCUCUCCCGCUUGACUGCAGCAGGUACCUGACCAGCACUUCCCAAUCCGGAGAGGCCGUCACUGCCUGUCCCUUCAUCCUGCAGGAGGUCUGUGGAACGGAUGGCGUCACCUACAGCAAUGACUGUGCCCUGUGUGCCCGCAACCUAGAACUGGGAAUCAAUAUAGGCAAAAAGCAUGAUGGAAGAUGCAUCGAGGAGGUUCCUCCACUCAACUGCAGCAAGUACCGAUCAGUCACCACGGAUGACGGCCAGCAUCUGAUGAUCUGCACGAUGAUCUACAGUCCUGUCUGUGGUACCGAUGGUGUCACCUAUCCCAGCGAGUGUGUGCUGUGCUCCCACAAUCUAGAGCAGCGGAGCAACAUUGGCAAAAGAAAUAAUGGAAAAUGUGCAGAAGAUGCUGUAAAAGUGAGUGAGAACAAAUGCAAACCAGGGGGCAGGGCUCAUGUCUAUUAA